AUGGACGUCAAGAUUCAAGAUCCUGUGGUGCGCGCAUUGGCAGAGUACAUAAAGGCUACACAAUUUCAGCGUCAGUUUGAGCAGUUCUUCCUUGAUCAUGCCCUUAGCUUCACAGACGAUCUGGAGCAUCAGCUUGAAUAUAUGACCAUCUACGUUGAGUUCCAGCAAAUGUUCAAUGAGCACAUGAAGAUAUUCUUGACGCAACAAGGAGUGACUGACGACGAGUUUGUUGAGCAUUGCCGAGAGGCUUUGAAGGUUGACCCAAAGGCAGAGCAAUAUCUUGAAAUUGUUAUUGCAUCCAUGGACUACAAUGCAUUUUACGGUCUGAUGAAGGCCAUGCGGGCACGCGCAUCGGUCGAAAACACUCGCGCGGACUCAAAAUUCUGUGAAAGUGACAUAAAUGAUUGUGGGAAGCGGAAAUAUUGUAAGGACGAAAAGAUUUCAGUCGAUGUCAAAGACAGUGGAGGGGCAAAGGAAGCCAAAAGUGGUCAAAACAGUGAGAAAGGUGUAGUAGAAAAUAAAGACUGUAAGUAG